UUUUGCAACUGAUCAUCAAACAGUAGCUAAAGGUGUUUUGGCUUUGGGUUCUUGGUUUGUCUAUGGAAAAAAUUUGAAAACCAAAGAGGAAGAGAGAGAGGUGUUUGUGGGAACUCACUUUGAAGUUGAACUUUCUUGAAGAAAUUAUCUUUUCUUCUUUUUAAAUUUUAUCUUCUUUCUUUGUAAGUGUUCUCUUUCUUUUUUUUUUUUCGGUGUGUGUGUGUGCAAAAUUAAUGGCUACUGAAGAGGUCAAUAAGCCUCCUUCACUUCCUUCUUACCCACAGAUGAUUGUUAAUGCCAUUGAAGCAUUGAACGACAAGAAUGGCUCAAACAAGACUUCAAUAUCCAAAUACAUUGAAUCGCAGUAUGGCGAUUUGCCUGCUGGUCAUACCACCCUCCUUUCUCACCAUCUUAAUAGAAUGAAAGAAACUGGAGAGCUCAUUUUUUGGAAAAACAAUUACAUGAAAGCAGACCCCAAUGCCCCACCAAGGCGUGGCCGUGGGAGGCCUCCGAAAUCCAAGGAUCCAUUGCCGCCGGGCGUGGUUUUAAGCCCUGCAAGGCCCAGAGGCCGCCCUCCUAAGGACCCCAAUGCUCCCCCUAAGUCCCCCAAGCCUAAGGUGGCUUCUGGGACUGGGAAACCACGUGGAAGGCCAAGGAAGAUGGCGCGGCCAGCAGGGGGAAUCGGUGGGAGUUCCACAACUACAAUGGUGGCCGCGGUAAGGCCUAGGGGGCGUCCUCCUAAGGUGAAGGCUUCGGCUUUGACUGAAGCUAACACUGGUCUUGGAAAGGUGGAGAGUGAAUUUUAGUUAUUACUAAUGUUAAUUGGGUGGUUCUGUUGCUUGACAUUGGUUUCGGGAUGCUAUUUGGUCAGUGCUAAUUCAAGUUAUUCAACAUGGAAGAUUCGGGGGGUGUUUGUUAGGUCUUAUUCUUGGUCUUCGGUGAAACUGUGGUUGAUGUGAGAUGUGACACACAGUUUACCCAGCUUGAAGAUUUGGAAAAAGGGGAUCAGACAAGUUUGAGAUGAUUGUUGUUUGAUGACUAUGGUGACCAUGUUUGCUCUAAUAUCCAAUGCCUUUGGAAACCUUGUACGGGAUCUUCCCUUGACAAAUCCCCGAGAAAGCGGAUGGCUGGUCUUGAUUUCUGAUCCUGGUGUGUGUGUAUUGGUCUUUGUCAGAAGUCCUCUUGGCCCACCCUUGGAUUGGUGAUUUGUGAGGGAGCCCUUUCCUUCAUGUGGGUCACUUCGGCAGACCGGGGUGGGGGAGGGAGUGCGAGUGGUCUCUUAAUUAGAGUAUGGCAAAGCAAUGUGAAUUACAAGAAAAUUGAAAUCAAUUUAUAUCAUUGGAAGUGGGAGCAAACAUUUUCCUCCUGUUAUUACAAGUCACCAAUAUUCUUACUUGUACAAAAUAGAAUAACUCAACUGUAUUACAACAGAGUUGCAGAAUUUUCAACGUAUGCCUUUUGUCUGUG